CGUAGAAAUUUGUGGAACCAUUUACAGUGUUAAAGGGAGAUGUGGAAAUAAUGUUUCCAACUAUAGUUAUGAUCGUUCUUGUAUCACAAAACUACCUGACAAUUAAUGGAGAAAUGAUUAUUGAAUACCCAAAGUCAGAGCAAUAUCGACAACAUUUAUUUCUAACUUUUGAAAAGUAUCUUGAACCUAGUAAGGUGAAUUUUUGUAUGGAUUGUGAGGAAUUCAUUCAUUUAAUACCUAGAAGUGUGGCUUUGGUAAUGAUAAGUCGAAAAGACAAAAUAAUUAACUGGCCUGCGUAUAAUAAAGUCGACUCUUACAUUCUGGAUUUAACGAGAGAGACAAAGGAAAGAUUGGAAUUCCUAGAACGCACUCCAGGGUGGAACCCCAGAGCUAAGUUUUUCAUUGUGUACAGAAAAAAGGCUAGAAGUUACCUUUUAAAGGUACUUUUUUCCAAAUAUAUAGUAAACGUUGCCAUUUUUUCCAAUACUGACAAUACAACUCUCACAAUUCGAACUUAUGAUCCUUUCAAGAAUGGAGAACUUCGUCCAAAAAUCCUUAAGACAACCAUCAUUGCAACAAUUAAAGAAACAAACAGAGAAAUCGACUUAGGAUCAGACCUUUUUCCGAAUAAAUACCCCCAAAGGUGGAACGAUAUCACUGUCAAUGUUUUACCAGUUAAUGUAGCUCCUUACAUGAUGAUUUUUUCUGGUCAACUGGUAGGAUUAGAUUUCCGAAUCUUAAUCUCAGUAGGUAGAAGGAUGGGAAUCAAAUUUAAUUUUUCGUCAAACGAUAUGUUACAUUACUGGGGAGAAAAGGAUAAUGAUGGUAAAUACAGUUUCGCAUUUGGAGCUUUACAAGCACAAAAAUUUGAUAUUAGUGUUGGCGCAUUUCACGUUGGUUAUCCAGAAUGUGUAGAUUUUGAUAUGGCUUAUCCUGUUAUGGAAGAUUAUCUGGUAAUGGCUGUCCCCACCGCUCCAGUCAAAGAGAGAUGGAAAUGCAUUGUAGAUGUUUUUAAGGUAAUUUAGUGAAUAUGACACCGGAAAUGUCUGAAAUACGUCAUUGUAUCCAAUUCCUAGGAAAUGUAUGUAAUUCCUAAAAUCGCCCGGAAAUAUGUGAAAUAAAUUAUUAGACACAUUUCCCAGGAAAUAUAUACAUUUCCUAAAUUGCUAUUGGAAAUAUAUUACAUUCAAGAUAC